UUGAUCAAUUUUUCUUCACUCUCACACUACUAUUGGUGGAAAGUCGUAGUUUUCAUCUUCUCUCACUCUCACUCUCGCUUUUACAUUUCCUUCACUUCUAUUUUGUUUUAACCUUUAAGCACAAGCAGCAUUGCUAACGCCUUUCUUUCUUUACUCCUAUUUUAGUAAGGAAUUAUUUUUAUUUUUAUUUGUUGAGAAGCAUUUUUCUCUGUUUUACUUUUGUAUAAAUAAUGUAUGCAAGCUAGCUAAGAGUUGUUGUAUAUAUAAUUUCAUUUCAGUUCUGUGCUUCUGCGCUGUCCACUCAUUUCUUUAUAUUACUCAUUUUUCAUCUCUCUGUCUCCUUCCUCCUUCGACAUUUUUCCAGAAGAACAACCAACCAAACAGAGAGGGAGAGAGACAGCUUUUUAUUUUUUAUUUGUCCUUUUAAAGACUUUUCUUUCCUUAAUUUUCUUUUUUUCUGUGUUAACAUUAAAUUCUUCUGAAAAUUUUCCCUCCCAGCGUUUGGUAACGUUUUCAUUACCGAUUUCAGUUUAUUUCUCUGCAUUUCGGGUCUGCCAUGAAGAUCUAAAAUCUCCAAUCUUUGGUUUCAAAGUUUUUCUUUUUCUCUACGGCAAUUUUUGUGGCCACCGACACUCUCAGUUCCUGCCGAUGUUAUAUAGGAUUCAAGAUUGAUUCUUUAAAAGAUUCUUUUCCUCUUUUAUAGUCAUUCUUACCUUAAUAUAGUGUAGUACUGGUGCUAAAGGUGGAAACUUUGAAAGUAAUCUUCAGUUUCUCAAUCUCUGUAACGUGCAAAAUAGAGAAAAAGGACAGAGAAACUACUCUACUGUGCCUAUAGGACUUUCGUAGUCGUUUUGGGAUUUAGCGGAUUGGAGAAAGAGGUCAAUUAUCUGAUCUGAGUUUUCAACGUCCCUCAGCAGCAUUUGAAUCACAGAUACCUCAGCAACAUGAUGCGAAUGAAGACUAAACCCACCACCACCACCGCUCUUCCGUCGCAAAUGACCAACGGAGGCUCUCGUGUUGCCGCCGCCGGCGACAAUGAUUGGGAGAUGAGACCUUGCGGAAUGCUGGUCCAGAAACGAAAUCCUGAUUCACAUAACCGUCCCCCUCCUCCCACUAUUCGUGUACGGGUCAAAUAUGGGUCAAUCUACCAUGAAAUCAAUAUCAGCUCUCAAGCUACCUUCGGGGAGCUGAAGAAAAUGUUAACAGGGCCAACAGGGUUGCACCAUCAAGAUCAGAAAUUGUUGUUCAAAGAUAAGGAGAGGGAUUCUAAUGCAUUUCUUGAUGUUUGUGGCGUGAAAGAUAAGUCUAAGGUUGUGCUGGUUGAAGACCCAAUCAGCCAAGAGAAGAGGUAUCUAGAGAUGAGAAAGAAUGCGAAGAUGGAGAAGGCUGCAAAAUCUGUAUCAGAGAUCAGCUUGGAGGUUGAUAGGCUUGGUGGCCAGGUUUCUGCGUUAGAAUCUGUAAUCUCAAAAGGUGGGAAAGUUGAGGAAAAGACACUAAUAAAUUUGAUCGAGCUCUUGAUGAAUCAACUCCUUAAACUGGAUGGUAUUGUUGCUGAAGGUGAUGUCAAAUUGCAGAGGAAAAUGCAGGUAAGAAGAGUUCAAAAGUAUGUAGAAACUCUUGAUAUGCUGAAAAUCAAGAACUCAGGGCUGACAAGUAAUGGGAAUCACACUCCUAGUCCUAAACAGAAUGGUUCAUCUCCACACCAUCAAUAUGGCUAUUCAGACAACCAGCGGAUUCAACAGCAGCAAGCCAGGCAUUCACUUGGGAGCUCAGCUUCAGAAACUGAACAACAGCCGGGGAUGGGGAGGCACUCGGCCUCGUCCUCGUCCUCGGGGCCUGUUGUGAUAACUACACAGUGGGAAACAUUUGAUUCUUCAGCUCUCGGGGCAGCACAGCUUGUCCCAGUUUCAACACCCACAACUACAUCAAACAACACAGCACAUCCAGGAUUCAGUUGGAACUUGCUUUGAUUCAGACAAUUCAGGAAUAUAUGUUUGUCAUUGCCAUUGCAUGUGUCCAUGUUUCUCACUCUCUUCAAUUCCCACUUUCUCAUAUAUAUGUUGGAUGGGCUUGGUGGUAUCUACUAGUACCUAGUCUCCAUUCUUUUGUGUAUUUAGAGUUUUUUGUUAGGGUCUAUCACUCCUCUAUCCCUUUAGAUGUCUGUCAUUCACUCAAA